GAGCGGACCUUCAUCAUGGCACAACAACUUCUGCCCCGAGCUUUGGUUUCCACUCGUUGGCUUUGGGACACUUUACGGGCUGGUUCAGCUGUCAGAUCAAAUCUUCGAGUACUUGAUGCAUCAUGGCAUCUCCCCAAAACUGGACGUGACCCCUGGCGCGAGUACAAGGAGCGCCACAUUCCUGGAGCCUAUUUCUUCGACAUAGAUGUCUGCAGUGACCGCACCUCCCCGUAUGACCACAUGCUUCCAAGUGCAGACCAGUUUGCUGAAUAUGCUGGGAAACUUGGAGUCUCCAACAGCAGUCACGUUGUGGUGUACGACACCAGCGAUUUUGGCUCAUUCAGUGCUCCCCGGCUGUGGUGGAUGUUUAGGGUUUUUGGGCAUCCACACGUGUCCGUGUUGGAUGGUGGUUUGAAAGCUUGGUUAAGGGAAGGACAUUCAGUAAAUUCAGGGAAGGAACCUCGCCCUGAGCCAGUAGAAUUUCAAGCCAAAUUGAACACUUCUCAAGUUGUAGGACAUGAAGAAAUGGUAGAGAAUGUUGAGAAGAGGACAAUUCAAAUGGUGGAUGCCAGAGUGGAGGGAAGGUUCCGAGGACUCGAGCCUGAGCCCCGGGAAGGAAUUGAGCCUGGGCACAUGCCCGGUACAGUGAACAUGCCUUUCCCAAGCUUCCUCACCGAAGAAGGCAAGGAGAAGUCUCCUGAAGAACUCAGACGUAUUUUCCAAGAGAAAGGCAUUGACCUGUCACAACCACUAGUGGCAUCAUGUGGCUCUGGAGUCACUGCCUGCCACGUGGCCCUCGCUGCGUUCCUAUGUGGUAAAGAAGACACUACAAUAUAUGAUGGUUCCUGGGUUGAGUGGUACAUGCGUGCCAAGCCAGAAGAUGUUGUAUCAGAGGGCAGGGGGAAGACCUUGUAAGUGUCUCGUUCUCCGACCUGCUUAGAAAGACUUGUGAACUUGCUGAUCUUCAGAAACUGCUGACCAUGUGUAGCCCUUGUGCUAUCACUGUCUGGUGUACUUGUUCACAUUUAAAACGUUUUGCUAUGUUACAACAACAUUGCUAUUAUGUGCCUUAAUUCUUUCUUCCACUAAGUGCUUGUAUUCAUUGAUGGUGACUUGAAGGGUUAGUAUUAACUGUAUUAUAU